UCUUGAGUCUUUAGUUUUAGUUUAAGCGGCAGUGGCGGUUCUUAAAACAUCUUGGACUUAGAUCCCGAGUUAAUCGGGAGAAAAUCAAUUUUUUUUUUUUUUUUUUUUGUGUAAACAAAUUUUUCAAAAAUGUGGUCAAGUUUUUUUGUUUUUAUUGUAUUGGUUUUCGGUGUCGAAUCGACUGUGGUGGAUUUAUCAUACAGGGGGUUAAAGAAAGAGCAAUUUUUCGUGUCAAUACAGCCGCAAAUAAAUUUACACGAAGUGACAGAUUUGAUAUUAAAAGGAAACAAUUUUGACAGUUUCCUUGAUUGUUCAACAAAUCUAGAUAAUUUGAAAUCAUUAGAUUUGGCAGAGAAUCAUUUGCAAAGAUUUUUUUUCCUCUGCAAAGAAGAGUACAAUUUAGAGUACUUGAAUGUCAGCCACAAUUAUCUCGAAUAUAUCGACGAUUUCGCGUUGAAUAAUCGUACGUCCAAAUUAAAAAUGCUCGAUCUUUCGUGGAAUAAAUUGACUGUCAUCAAUGAAACAAUGAUCGAACAUAUGAAGAUACUGGAAUAUUUGUCGAUAGCAAGCAAUCCAGUGGUCGACAUUCACGAAAGCGCGUUUACAAACCAAAAAAAUUUGUUGCAUUUAGACAUGAGUAAUGUGUCCGCACCAUUUUUACCAACUUCUUUAUUUCGACCUUUAGCAAAGUUAUCAUUUCUAAAUAUAUCAUUCAAUCCCAUCGAGACAUUGCCAUUUCUGCCGGUAAUGUUAAUGGAACUAGACAUUUCGGGGACUAACAUACUAUUCAUAAGUGAAAUUUCACUGCCGCAUUUGUCUAGGCUGCACUUGAAUUACAUGCAUAAUGUAACGGAAGUUAUCUUAAAUGAUUUCGAAAAUAUGACGAUGCUAGAAUUGAUAACAUUAGAAAACUGCCCCAUGCUGACGGAGUUUCGCGUCUGGCCGCCUAAUAGCAAACUCCUGCCACGCUUAAGACAUUUGUCUUUGAAAGGAAGUGCACUGGAGACACUGAACGAAGAUUUACGUCCGAUUCUUCAGAGAACUGCUGUCGUCGAUUUACAAAAUAAUCCUUGGCAUUGCGAUUGUAGGAUGCAGUGGAUCAAUCGGUUCAAUCUUUCCAGCGAACUUAGUCAUAGAAUCAGGUGUAAAACGCCGGAAGAACAUGCCGGGAAAUUAUUAUCGAUAAUUCCAAAUCACGAGCUGAUAUGCGUUGAAAUAUUGAGCACGGCUUAUCCAGCGAUAUGGGCAUCAAUAUCGAUUAUAAUUCUGGGAAUAAUAUUCGCGGGAAUUUAUCUCGUAUGGCGAGGGCCUCUCAGACACUGGAUUCUUCCGAAACACGGCGGCGAUACUGUGUCAUACAAAAAUGUCAAGGAGUCAUCCAACGACUUGAUAAGAAUCCUAGUCACCGAUGACCGUGCUGAGGAUUAAAAAAAAUUUUAUUUCAGUAAAAACUAUCGAUAACUCCUAAAUUAGAUUACGAAAACUCCUAGUAAAUUAUAUAGAUUUGAUGUUACCUGUAGCUGUUCAUCGGAGAAUAAAAAGUUGUGUGACGCGAAGGGCGCAAACAAUAAUUUGUAACGUAUUAUUGAAGUGUAUGGAUCUGAAUAGAUGCUCAAAAUUGACGUUAAUGUACAAAAGCCAGAAAACAUUCUGAUUUACGGUUCAUUUAGUAAACUAUUACCAAACCAUAAUCACAGCCCCAUUUCACCCUAUCCUACCACUAGUAUAACUGACGAGCGUCUCUGCCUAUACUAUUACUAUUUUUUUAUCUCCGUUGUAUCCAAUUGAAAAUGUUGAUACGAGGGAAGAAAAGAGAAAAGAAGAGUUGAGUCGAGUCUCUGAAUGAAAGUUCACCAUGCGAGCUAUUCCCUACACUUUCAAUCAACCAACCCCUUUAACAAAUCACUCCUUUUUUACCUUCAGCUCAACCACAGUCUUCAUAUAUAUAUAUAUAUACAUUCUAUAGAUAUAUGUGAAAAAAUAGUACCACAAAAGUACGGGUUGACUGCUUUUAAAUAAAACUUGAGUAUCUUCUUCAUUUUAUAUAUAUAUCCAUAUAUAUAUUUCGUUUUAACAUUUCAUUAGAUCAGAGUUACGAUUCGUCAAGCAAAUUAAUAACUUACUUUUUAAAAAAUGAAUAUGGUAAAAAAUUUUGUAUCAAAACUUCUAAAGGUUUUUUGGUUAAUUAAAUCAUAUAAUUUGAAAUUUAUAGGGGAGGGAGGGGCAAAAGGGGGUACUUAAGGAAAUACAAAGUUUUCGAGGACUCAAAUACGCUAAAUCUUUUUUUUUUAAUGAUAUUCAAAGUAAAUAGAAGAAAUUUUCAGUUACUGUUGAAAAAAAAAUUUUUCAUUUCUGCGGGCAAAGUGGGGUACCCCCCAAAAAAGGUAAAAAAAAAAAUUUUCUGGAUUUUAAACGAAUUUGAUUAAGUUUAAUUUUUUUGUAAGUAAUUUACAUGAAGAAAAAUUAUAUUUUACAUGUUUAUUGGAGACAAAAGAAGAAAAAAAUUUUUAAUAGUUUUUAUGAUAAAACAAACGUCAUUAAUAUUUUUCAACUGACAAUUGAUUUUUGAAAAAGUUUAUCAAAAAAAAUUCAAAGUACCGCUUAAUUAUAUUUACAGAAGUGAUUUUUGAAUGUUUAAAAACCAUUUAAAAUAUAAAAUUUUUUUUUAUCAAAUUUUGGGGGUACCCCGUUUUGCCUACCCUACCCCUUUUUGCCCCCGGCCCCCCUUCCCCUAAUUUGAAAUUUAUAAACAUUUUUUUUUAAAUUUUAUAUUGAAUGGAAAAAAAAAUUUCGAGUAUCAAAAAUCGAUUUUAUAAAAAUUAUUUUUUUUGCUGUGUGUGGUUUGGUAACGUUUGGUCAGAUCAAAUGAUUUUCAUAUAUAUGUAUUAAGAUCGUCAGAAGCCUUGACAUGAACGGUGAUCGCGUGCGAUGUAGCGAUGAGCCUUUGUGCUAAAGUAUGAUCUUCCUACGGGAAGCAUAUCGAGUUACACGUUAUACGUGUGCUCAAACUCAUCAUAUUCACAUUAUAGUGCAUUAACAGUAGGCUACUUCAUAUAUAUAUACAUAUAUAUUCGCAUAUAUGUGCCAUAAUUUGUAUACGUAUACAGAGCCCGUAUCUUCGCUCGAUUUACAAUAUAAAAUAUAAUAUAUAUAUAUUAAUUCUACAUCAAGAUAUUAUUGCAUGCCAAUGUCAUAUUUGACAAGGCAAUAUAUGAAGUGCGUUUAUAUGUUUGUACUGGCACAAGAAAAAUUUUACAUUAUGAAAUAAAAAUAAAAAUUUUCUUAGGAUUAUAAAUAAUUUCUUGGCGCGAAAAAAAUUUUCUCGUCCUAUGAAAAUUUUCGGUUUAAAUUUAAAGUGCAAAAAAUUUCUUAGAUCUUUUUCUUCUGAAUAUGUAUAUAUAUAUAAGAAAAUAAAAAAUUUUUUUACACGAGAUUUGCAGCAGCAUUGAAGGAUCCAGACAAUUUUUAAUCUGACUUCGAUUGUAAAACAUAUUUUUUAAAUUUUAUUUUGUAUUUAAAUUCGCGCCUUUCGCGGGUCGUGUAUCGUUUGAUUUUUUUUAGGUGUAAAUUAAAGUUAUGUUAAAUAUAUAUUUAUAAAAUAAAAUAAAUAAUAAUAUUUUUGAAAAUAAAA